ACCGUUAUUUUAACCCACAUGCACGGGAGAAACAGGGAUCUACAAAGAUAAACUAAUGUUAUAGGCACAGGCUUCCACUAAUCCUUUACUUUUAUGAGGCGCCGCGUUAAGCAGUUUGCGCUAAACAGUGCGCGGAACGGAAAAUCGGAUUUAAUCUUCUCACUAUAAUAUUAACAUUAACAAAAGUGUUUUGAAAUGAUCAACUUUGGGGAGUGCAGAGAGUUACGGAUCUACCGCUUUUGGGAUUUGCCUUAAAAGGAUGCGCAACAUCUCCUGACUUUUUUUAUUUUUAUUUUUCUACCACAGGAAUAAAGUGGUAUAAAAUGAACUGAAUUUCGCUUUUAAAAUUGUACAAGGGAUGCACGCAUAAUUCGCCCGCAGUGAAUGAAAUUAUUCCGUACAGCACUAUUAGAAUAAAUCCUUUUUGAUUUACAUUUUGGGUAAGUCAGACGAAGUUGAUGCAUAACCGGCAAGAAGUUUGUCCCGGGAAGGUGGACUGGAAAUUUCACCAUGGCCAUUUCAGGUAGGCUUUUGAGGGGGCUUUAUUUGAUGCUAUUAAUGCAAUGGACUUUAUGGAAAAACUGCACAUCCAGACACGUCCGCCAAGAGUUCCAGGUGCUGGAGGAGCAGCCGCUCGGUUCGUACGUGGGCGCCAUAGACAGAAAGCCGGGCUUCACCUACCGCUUCGGCGAGAACCAUAGAAUGUUUGCAAUCAACGACACGACAGGUGCAAUUUACACGACGUCUGUCAUCGACAGGGAGGCUUUGCAGAGUGACGUUAUCAACGUUGUGGUUCUGUCCAGUCAACCUACCUACCCCACUGAAGUCAGGAUUGUGGUUUUGGAUAUAAAUGACAACGCGCCGGUUUUCCCCGACGCUUCCAUCGUUGUGUUUUUUAAAGAAGAUUCCAGGAGCGGCAGGCAGGUCAUUCUGGACACCGCCACGGAUUCUGACAUCGGAAGUAACGGAGUGGAUCAUACAAGCUACAGAAUAGCGAGCGGAAACGAACAGGAAAAGUUUCGUUUGGAUAUUACAGUUAAUCCAAGUGGGGAAGGAGCGUUUCUGCACUUGGUUUCAACUGGGGGUUUAGAUAGGGAACUGACACCAUGUUAUCAGCUCUUGAUUGAAGUGGAAGACAGAGGUGAUCCUAAGAGAUUUGGUUACUUGCAGGUAAACGUCACUAUUCAGGAUACAAAUGAUAACCCUCCCAUUUUUAAUCAGGAUCAUUACCAGAAUAGUGUUUUUGAAGACACAGCAGUCGGCUUCAGUGUUUUGCAGGUCACAGCGGAAGACCUUGACGAGGGGGCAAAUGCAGACAUCAGAUACUUUUUAGAGGAAGGUACACCUUUUGCAAUUGACCCUAAAACUGGUAUUAUUACUAUAAAGGAAGCUCUUGACUACGAGAGCAGACGGCAGUACUCUUUGACCAUUCAUGCUUUUGACAGUGGAGUCCCCAGACUUUCAGGUCGCUGUGAGGCAAAUAUUACACUUUUAGAUGUCAAUGAUAAUGACCCCAUGGUUAAAUUCAGGUAUUACCCCCCCAGCUCAAAGUUCGCUUCCGUUGAUGAAAAUGCAGUCAUUGGUACAGUGGUUGCUCUAUUGACCGUCUCAGAUUUGGACUCUGACUCUGCGAAUGGGAAUAUGUCCGUGUCGAUUUUAGCAGGGAAUGAGCAGGGUCACUUUGAUGUUUACUCUUCCCCAAUUCCAAAGUUGAGCCUUAUAAAAGUGGCCAGUGUCUUAGACAGGGAGCGCAUUUCCUCUUAUAACUUCACUGUAUCUGUUUCUGAUAACGGGAAACCCAUAGCCAGGUCCUCGAUUGCUAGCUUGGUGAUUUACAUAAAUGACACCAAUGACCACCCUCCAGUGUUCCAGCAGGCUGUGUACAGGGUCAACAUCAGUGAGGAUGUUCCUAGAAGGAGCUUCAUUGAAGGUGUUUCUGCAACAGAUGGCGACUCGGGGCAGAAUGCCAAUCUGUGCUACUCUCUGGUGUCUGGAAACAGUUUGGGCUGGUUUGCAAUCAGUGAGAACAGUGGUCUGGUCACCACUGCUGCGUUACUGGACAGGGAAACUGCAUCACAGGUUGUACUGAAUAUUAGUGCCAGAGACCACGGCAUGCAGCCUAAGGUCUCAUAUGCUACACUGGUGGUGAAUAUCGCUGAUGUCAAUGAUCAAAUCCCCAUGUUCACGCAGGAAAAUUACCACGUCUUCCUGCUAGAGAACUCACCCGCUGAUAGUGAGCUCCUGGUGUUGUUGGCUACGGACAGCGACCUGGGGUACAAUGGGACUAUCCGUUUCUCCUUUGACUCCGCCACGCCACCCAACCUCCAGGACCUUUUCAGUCUGGAUGCGGCGUCUGGCAGACUGAGUACGGCCAGGGUUCUGGACAGAGAACAGCAGGCCUCUUAUGAGCUCUGUAUCCAAGCCACCGAUAUGGGAGUUCCAUCACUGGCUUCCAUUGCGAAAGUGAAUAUAACCCUUAAGGAUGUCAAUGACAACCGGCCCACAUUCUACCCUGUGCGAUACUUUGUCAACAUCAAGGAGAAUGAACCUCCAGGCACGCAUGUCACAACAGUUAAGGCAACAGACUUAGACCUUGGCAGGAAUGGAACAGUCAAGUUCACAAUUACGCUUGGUGACCUGGUCAGAUUUCACAUAGACAGCAAAACAGGCAGAAUUACCACGCAGCAGUCCCUCAGUAGAGAAGAUGGCACAACCUACGAGCUAACGGUGUCAGCAGCUGAUGGAGGCGGCCUUCAUUCUCUCCCUGAAGCCACCGUCAUUAUCUCUGUUGUUGAUGACCAGGACAACCUUCCGUCUUUCAUCCACAGUGCGUAUAGUUUUGUGAUCUUUGAAAAUAUCCCAGUUUCCUCUAUAGUUGGCACAGUGUCCGCAUCUUCACUCGAUUCCAUCAACAAUGUCACAUAUCAGAUCACUGAUGGUGACCCAAAGGGGAUUUUCCUAAUAAACCACAUCACUGGUCAAAUAACCACAAACAGAGUCAUUGAUAGAGAAGAGCAGCCAUUUCACCAGCUCCAAGUGAUUGCACGGGGUGGAGAGGUGACAGGGCAGGCCCUGGUAAACAUUACUGUUAAGGACCUGAACGAUAACGCCCCCCAUUUCCUGCACACAUCUGCGAAUGUGAGUGUGAUGGAAAGCUGGGCGGCAGGACAUCCCAUAUUUCAAGCUAAAGCUGUGGAUCCUGAUGAGGGCCCCAAUGGCAGGGUGGUGUAUAGUCUUAAGAAGAAUCACAAAGGCCUCUUCCAGAUCCAGGAACAAGACGGCCUAAUCACACUAAGGGGGCCUCCGACUGUAGCAACCAGUUCCUUUCAAGUGGAAGUUCUGGCUUCUGAUCUGGGUGUCCCCCAACGUGCCUCUUCUCUGAUUGUCAUGGUCAAUGUUCAUGACAUUAACGACAACUCACCCAUGUUUGAGCAGCUGUCAUAUGAGGUCACUAUUUUAGAGUCAGAGCCAGUGAACAGCAGGUUUUUUUGUGUGAAGGCCACUGACAAAGACUCUGGUUUGAAUGGGGAGGUUACAUAUGAAAUCACUGGCGGAAACACUGGUGGUGUGUUUGGCAUCUUUCCAGACGGAGAGUUGUUUGUUAGAGCAGAGUUAGACCGAGAGGUCAGGAACCAGUAUCAGCUGCUGGUAGUGGCUACAGACCGAGCCACAAGACCGCUAAGUGGCAGCGUCAAUGUCACUGUGGUUCUGGAAGACGUCAAUGACAAUCGACCCCUCUUUAACAGUACAAGUUAUGUGUUUUACUUUGAGGAAGAGCAGCAGAGGGGCUCUGUUGUUGGGCAGGUCUUUGCAGAUGAUAAGGACUAUGGAUUAAAUAGUGAGAUUCGCUUUUCCCUUGAGACUCCACAGCCAAGCUUUGAACUCAACACUAUCACCGGGGUGUUAACUAGCACAGCGCGGCUAGACCGUGAGUCACUGGUGAGACAGCAAGGUGCUGCAAAAUUCAGUUUUUCCAUCACGUCCUCAGACCAGGGGUUCCCAAGGGCCCUGGUUGACCAGGCCAAAGUACAAGUGUUUAUACAAGACGUCAACGAUAACCCCCCCAUAUUUACUAAAGACGUCUAUCAGGUAUCUGUGUCAGAGUUAGCUCAGAGCAUGACACAGUUAGUGCGUGUCUCUGCCUCAGAUAUUGAUGAGGGUAGAAAUGGACUCAUUCACUACCAUAUCGAGGGAGGCACCGAAGGACUUACGUUUUCCAUUGAUGGCAGCUCUGGCCAAGUGACGCUGGUGGACAGACUCGAUUACGAAACAACAUCCUCUUACUCGCUCAAAAUUAUAGCAGUAGAUUCAGGAAUGGUGCCCCUCUCUUCUUCUUGCUUGCUGAACAUCUUUGUUCUGGAUGAAAAUGACAACUUGCCUGUCUUCCCUAAGUCUACACUGACCACUGAUGUUAAUGAGAACAUGCGAAUUGGAGAGCUUGUGGCCUCUGUAACAGCUACUGACUCUGAUUCUGGGGACAAUGCGGAGUUAAGCUACAGUAUCACAGCAUCCAAUAAUCGGGGGACAUUCAGUAUUAGUGCCAAAACUGGAAGUAUCUUCUUAGCCAAGAAGCUGGAUUUUGAAACACAGAUGCUGUAUAAAUUUAACGUAACGGCACAGGACAAUGGAAGACCACCUAGGUACUCAUCAAUACCUGUAAUUAUAAAUGUUAUAGACUGUAAUGAUAAUUCCCCAAGUUUUAUGUCUGGAGAUAUUUUCAAAUCCAUUUCAGAAAACUUGCCACUUGCAACCUCCAUAAUGACUGUCACAGCACAUGACAUUGAUUCUGAUGUCAAUGGCCAACUGGAAUAUUCCAUAGUUCAACAGACUCCAAGAGGAAACCAUUUCAAGAUAGAUCCUGUAACUGGGGUCAUUUACACAAAUAAAGAGAUUGACAGGGAAUUUUCAAAUCUUUUUGAACUAAUAGUCAAAGCAACUGACCAGGCUAUUCCAACGGAUCUCCGACAUUUUGCCUUAAAAAACCUGACUGUUUGGGUCACGGAUCAGAACGACAACGCCCCUGUGUUUGUUUCUCAGAGUGCACUGGUUGCUGAAUCAACCAUGUUUGUUGGCUCGGUUCUCACCAAGGUGGUGGCCCUUGACCCCGAUGAGGGGAUGAAUGGAGAAGUCGAGUAUGAAUUAGUGAGUGGCGACCUUGAUACUUUUAUUGUAGACCGCUACACUGGGGACAUUCGAGUGGUGUCCCCUCUGCUGCCCUCGCGAUUGGUCUACAACCUGACCAUGCUGGCUACUGAUCGUGGGGCAGACAGGAAGGCCUCCCAGACGGACAUGACUGUCAUCCUGCGGGGUGGGGAUGGUCCUGUGUUCUCCCAGCCCAGGUACGUCGCUGCUCUGAGGGAAGAUCAGCCCCCAGGAACAAGUGUCAUCUCUGUGGAUGCCUCUAGCCCACGUGGUGUUGGCAGCCAGGUGCAGUUCUACAUCGUGUCGGUGCAGAGUGGUGCUCAGCCUGUGGGACGACUCUUCACUGUCGGCCGCUUCACCGGCAUCAUCGAGACGGCGGCUGAGUUGGACAGGGAACGGGGUCCUGACAUCUACCUGGUGGACGUCUACGCGGUGGAAGCCGGCGCCAGCUUGCCCAGAACGCAGAGAGCCGAGGUGGAAAUAACGCUACAGGACAUCAACGACAACCCGCCGGUCUUUCCGAGCGACACCCUCGACGUGACCGUCGAGGAGAACAUCAGCAGCGGGGCUAACAUCGUGCAGCUUAAAGCGACAGACGCUGAUGAAGGUCCCAAUGCUCUGGUGACGUACGCCAUCAUCAGCGGCGCCAACGACAGCUUCCGCGUCAACCCCGAGUCGGGCGAGCUGAUCGCCACCAAGCGCCUGGACCGGGAGAAGCGAUCCAAGUACUCGCUGCUGGUGCGUGCCGACGACGGGAAGCAGUCGUCGGACAUGACGGUGAACAUCGCGGUCAGCGACGUCAACGACCACACGCCCCGCUUCUCACGUGCCGUGUGGUCCUUCGACAUCCCAGAAGAUACAGCUCCAGGCUCCAUUGUGGCAGCAGUACUGGCCAGUGACGGAGACUCAGAGGCCAACGGCGAGGUGACAUACUCCCUGGACGAGGAUGAGGAGGACAGCGCCUUCUUCCUGAAUUCAGUGACCGGAGUCUUCAACGUGUCGCGGCCGUUGGACCACGAGGCCCAGCAGUUCUACGUGCUGACGGCGCGGGCCGAGGACGGGGGCAGGCAGGCCAGCUCGGUGCGAGUGUAUUUCAACAUCCUGGACGUCAAUGACAACCCCCCCGUUUUUGGGAGCGGCGGCUACAGCGUGUCGGUCGCGGAGGACGUGCCUGUGGGAUGCAGCGUGGUCAGUUUGAUGGCCAGCGACGCUGAUGAAGGUGAGAAUGCAAAGCUCCAGUACAGCAUCACCUCUGGAGAUCCACGGGCCAGUUUCCAUAUUGAUGAGACUGGAGUUCUGAAGACCAGGAGAAGCCUGGACAGGGAGACUCAGUCUUUCUAUAACCUCGAGGUCAGGGUCCAUGACCUCGCUGAGCCCCCCAUGACUCGGUUCACCAGCACCGCACAGGUUUCCAUCAUUCUGCUGGAUGUGAACGACUGCACUCCCAGCUUUACUUCCCAGAAGACGGUCUAUGUGAAGGAGAACACGCCGGUGGACACAGUGGUGUUCACCGCUCAGGCCACUGACUGCGACAGCGGGCGUAACAGCUAUGUGGAAUACUCCCUUGGCCAUACCUUCAGGAAUAAGUUCAGUGUCGGAGGCAAUGAUGGACACAUCAGGCUCAUUGGAGAACUGGACAGAGAGGAACGUUCAAACUAUGUGGUCAGCAUUGUGGCAAGAGACAAAGGGGAGCCGCCGCGCUCUUCAGAGAUGGAUGUUACUAUCGUCGUCCUGGAUGUCAAUGACAACACGCCCAUAUUCAGUCAGGCUGUGUACAACAUCGAGAUCGAGGAGAGCAUUCUAUUGGGCACUGACGUGCUGCAGGUGUCUGCUACUGAUGCAGAUGAGGGGACCAACGGUCAGAUCCUGUUCUCGCUUGUUGAUGGGGACAGCGGUUCAGAUUUCAGGAUAGACUCCAUCACCGGGACUAUCACAGUUGCCAGGGCGUUAGACCGGGAAACGAGGCCCUCCUAUUCCCUGGUUGUCAAGGCAACAGACCGUGGGAGCAGCCCAAGGAUGGACCGGGCCACAGUCAACAUCAUGUUACUCGAUGUGAAUGACUGUGCACCGUGGUUUGAACUGUCUCCUUAUACGAUCAGAGUCCAAGAAAAUCUUCAGCAUCCACCAAAGAACGUGCUACAGGUCAUGGCGCACGAUGACGACCAAGGAGAAAACGGCCAAGUGAGCUAUAUGCUAAGCGACGGAAAUGGAGCGGGUGUGUUCAGCCUCACGGCCGACGGUCACCUGAGCGCGACCCGGAGUCUGGACCGUGAAACCCAGGAGAUGUACACCUUGAUCAUCACAGCCAGUGACUCUGGGUCUCCACCUCUCAGUGGCUCUGGCACGGUGACCGUCCUCGUCAGUGACGUCAAUGACAAUGGGCCCCAGUUCUCCUCGCUUUCCUUCCAUACCUCCGUGGCAGAGGACGCUCCCACGGGUGCCGACGUCCUGCUGGUCGCCGCUUCUGACUCCGACGCUGGCCUCAACGCCGCCAUCAGCUACAGCUUGUCAGGAGGGCAUGGGCAGUUCUCCAUCAACCCCACGACAGGCCAGAUCAUAACCAGUGCUCUGCUGGACCGUGAGGUCCAGAGCUACUACAUGCUGGUAGUGCUGGCAUCCGAUGGUGGGCUGCCCCGUCCUGCCUCGGGCUCCGCCACCGUCCGGGUGGAGGUGGGCGACGUCAACGACAACCCGCCUCGCUUCCACUACCACCCCUACGUCACCCACGUGCCAACACCCACCCCUGCAGGUUCCUUAGUGUUUGCUGUGACCGUGACAGAUGACGACGCAGGAUCCAACUCACAGCUGUUUUAUUCCUUGACUGGUGGGCACUCUGAGAAGUUCCACAUUGACCAGGCAAGAGGCACCAUCACAGCCAAUGAAAAGCUGAUAACCAGCAAGGAGGUCACCCUCACCGUCAGUGUGAAAGACCGUGGGGACAACCCCAAGUUUGACACAACCACAGUCACUGUCAGGUUUGCGUCAGGAGGGGAAUUCCCAGUCAUAAAACCAGGGCAGUCUGCUUUCACAUUCCCUGAGAGUCAAGCAACAGGAACACUUGUUACGAAAGUCACAGGAUUCUCCAAAAGAGGCGGGGAUUUAACAUACUACGUUGCAAGUGGAAAUCUUGACAGUGCAUUUUAUUUGGACCAGCAAACUGGAGAAUUAUCUAUCAAGAAUGCUCUGGAUUUUGAGAAAAUCCAGAAUUAUGUGCUUUGGAUCGAGGCUAGGGACCAAGGGUUCCCCCCUUAUUCCUCAUACAAGAAGGUAGAUAUAACCGUUCUAGAUGUCAAUGAUAACUAUCCAGUAUUUGAACAAAAGCCUUUUCAAGCCCAGCUAUUAGAAAAUCUUUCACCACAGAGAGUUGUUGUAGUGUCAGCAGUUGACCAUGACAGUGGGCCUAACGGUCAAAUAGAUUAUACCAUCAUCUCUGGCAACAAUGAGAACUGCUUUGUAAUUGACCAAUCUACUGGAGAAAUCCGAACCACUAGGCCUCUGGAUCGAGAAAAAACAGCUCGGUUUGUAUUGAGUGUCAAAGCAACAGAUCAAGGUACCCCUCCAAAAAGCUCAACAGUUGACGUUAUCAUAACAGUUCUGGAUGUGAAUGACAACAGCCCAAGGUUCUCCAAGAUUUUCAGUGCCACGGUGCCUGAAAGUGCCCCGAUCGGCUAUACAGUCACACGUGUCACAACCUCAGACGAAGAUGCGGGAGCAAACGCAGUAAGCCAUUACUCCAUCUCCAGUACCAGUCUUCCUUUCGCUAUUAAUUCCGAAACUGGUGACAUUAGCAUUAGACGUCCUUUGGAUAGAGAAGUCACUGAUCGCUACAUUGUUAAAGUAUCAGCUCAUGACUCGGGCUGGACUGUUAACACUGAUGUCACGAUAUUUGUAACAGAUGUUAAUGAUAAUACCCCCAAGUUCAGCAAGCCAUCCUACUACCUUGAAUAUCCUGAACUCGCACCUGUUGGGUCAGUUGUGAUUCUUGUUAAUGCCACUGACCCUGAUGAAGGCUUUAAUGGGCAAGUGUUCUAUUUCAUCAGAUCACCGACUGAAUUCUUCCAAAUUAAUACAAGCUCUGGGGAGAUCCUCAUUAAACAGCCCCUGAGAUAUAAAAAUUCCACUGUACCUGGCAAUCUUAACAUGAACCGCCAUGAUUUCAUUGUAACAGCAUCAGACAGGGGAGCUAAACCUUUAUUGACUGAGACAACCGUCACUGUAAACAUUGUGAAAAGAAAUGACAACCCACCUCAGUUUGAAUACUCCAGUUAUUAUACACCAGUUACAAAAAGCGCCAAAGUUGGAACAGAUCUGAUUCAAGUGAGAGCCAGUGAUGAUAAUAACUUCAGCCCGAUCUCUACGAUGGAAUACUCAAUAUCAGGAGGCAACAGCUCUAGUAAGUUUCAUCUGGACAGCCUGAGUGGCUGGAUUACUGUAUCCUCAUCAGUGGCAUCUGAUGUCAGUAAAGGUUUCCACAUUGAAAUCACAGCUACAGAUAAUGGUAAUCCACCACUUUCAUGCAAAGCUACAGUGCGUGUCCAGGUGACCGAAGAGAACCUCAGCACGCCAGAGUUUUCACAGAACCAUGUCACCGCCACUGUCCCUGAGAGCUUCAGCAUUGGAACCACCAUCAGGACGCUCUUAGCGAGAGAUGGGGACAGUGCAGUGAACGGUCGUGUCACAUAUGGCAUCAUCUCUGGGAAUGAGGAAGACUAUUUCUCAUUGAAUAGCACAACAGGAGCCUUAAGCUUAAGUCAACCCUUGGACUAUGAAAAGAAGAAGUCUCAUACACUUAGGAUUUCUGCUACUGAUGGAGGUUGGAUUGCAAGGACUGGCUAUGCCAUGGUCACCAUCCAUGUGACUGAUGUGAAUGACAACCCUCCUGCCUUUGACUCUGAGGAGUACUUCCCAACCGUUCAAGAGAAUGUCCCCAGUGGUACAGUAGUCAUGAGAUUGAACGCGACUGACAAAGACUCUGGUGCAAAUGCUUUAGUAGCUUAUGUAAUUCAGUCCUCUGAUAGCGACUUGUUCAUAAUUGACCCAAACACAGGAAUUAUCACCACACAGGGCUUCUUGGAUUAUGAAGUCAAACAAGUGUACCAUUUAACCGUGAAGGCUUUUAACAUCCCAGAUGAAGACCGCUGCAGCUUUGCAAAUGUCAACGUCCAGCUUAAAGGGGUAAAUGAAUACAUCCCCCGCUUUGUGUCAAAGCUGUAUUAUUUUGAGGUAUCUGAAGCAGCUCCCAAAGGGACAGUGGUAGGGGAAGUCUUUGCAAGUGACCGCGACCUGGGAAAGGAUGGAGAAGUCCACUAUCUUAUAUUUGGGAAGAGCCGAAAGAAGGGCUUCGGGAUACACAAGACCACAGGGCAAAUUUACAUCAUGGGCCACCUUGAUCGAGAAAAAGAGGAGAAAGUCUCCCUGACGGUGCUGGCAAAGAAUGCAGGAUGCAUAAGAGGAGCAGAUAUCGAUGAGGUAUUGGUGAACAUCACCAUUCUGGACGCUAACGAUGCCCCUGUCUUCAGCUCAGAGGUAUACAGCGUGAAAGUGGCUGAAGCCCUUUCCAUUGGCACUAUUGUGAUAUCAGUCUCUGCCACGGAUUCUGACUCCAUUCCAAGCUGGAACGCAUUCUCUUAUUCAUUAGCGAAUGAUAAUGAUAAGAUUGACUUCUCCAUCAAUCCUCAGAAUGGUCAGGUUUCAGUGGCAGCUGAGCUUGACAGGGAAUCUGUACCUGUUUACAAUGUCACCCUACUUGCUGUGGAUUCCGGCUCACCUCCUGCGACUGGAAGGGCCACCCUGAUUGUGACCCUGGAGGAUGUCAACGACAAUGGCCCCACUAUUGUGACCACCAGUGGAGAGGUUUUGGAGAACCAACACCCUGGAACACCAGUCAUGACCCUUCAGUCCACUGACCCAGAUCUACCCCCGAAUCAAGGGCCGUAUACGUAUAGUCUGGUUGCUGCUGGUUCAUGGGCAAGCUAUUUUGACCUCAGUCCCAGUGGAUUGUUGUCCACACGACGAGAAAUUGACCGGGAACAAGUGAGCGAUUUCUUCCUUCCCAUAGUAAUCAGGGACUCUGGCAUCCCACAAAUGUCCUCCACGGGAACAGUUCACAUCAGAGUUGCUGAUCAAAAUGACAAUCCCUCAAAGUCCAGGACAGUGGCGAUCUUUGUGCAUUAUUUUGGGACAAUGUUCCCUGAGGGUUCUCUAGGCAGUGUGAAACCCCAGGAUCCUGAUGUGGACGAUGUCUUCCGCUGUUUUCUUAUGCCGGGUGGGGCCAGCAUCUUUACCAUCUCAGCAGACUCAUGUGACCUCAGUUCCAGUGCCCGCUCCACAGAUGAAACCUUUGACCUGGUAGUCAACAGCAGUGACGGCGUGCAUCGCAGCGUCAACAACCAGCUGCAAGUCAUCUUCAUGGGCUUCAGCAACGCCACUGUUGACAACAGCAUCCUGAUUCGCCUCCGUGUCCCAACUGUAAAGACCUUCCUCACUAACAGCUACCUGGCCUUCAUGCAAGUGGCUAACUCACAACUAGCUGGCCUCGGAUCCAAUGUGCAGGUCUAUGGAGCUUUUGAACGAGAUAGCCAGACCUAUGUGAUGGUGGCAGUGAAGAGGGGCUAUAAGCAGUAUGUUCGCCCCAGUGGCGUAGCCACAUUUUUCCAGAGCAUUAAGGAUGUCCUCCAUCGUAAGAGUGGGGUAGAAAUUGAUCAAGUAGACUAUGAUCCCUGCACCUGCAACCCUUGCCAGAAUGGGGGUUCCUGCAGGAGGCGUCUUGCUGUGGGGCCUGAGAUGAAGGUAGAGGAGACCAUGCCCAUUAUCCUAGUUUCUAAUCAGCCCCUACAGCCCUACGCUUGCAGCUGCCUGCCUGGUUAUGCGGGGAUGCUGUGCGAUGCUGAUAUCGAUGAGUGCCGGCCAGCUCCUUGCCACAAUGGUGGGACCUGCCACAAUCUUGUGGGCGGGUUCUCCUGCACAUGCCUCGAGGGCUUCACCGGAAUGGCCUGCGAGCGGGACAUCAACGAAUGCCUGUCCAAGCCCUGCCAGAAUGGAGCACUCUGCCAAAACUACCCUGGAUCCUUCAAAUGCCACUGUAAAUCAGGAUUCACAGGUACAUCAUGUGAGUCUGCAAUCAACUACUGCGAAUGCAAUCCUUGUUUUAAUGGCGGAUCCUGUCAAAGCAAUGUGGACGGAUAUCGCUGUCAUUGUCCAUUCGGUGUCUUUGGAAAGAAUUGUGAACUUAGUAGCUAUGGCUUUGAAGAACUGUCAUACAUGGAGUUCCCUGCUCUGGAUCCAAACAACAACUACAUCUACAUGAAGUUCUCCACCAUCCAAAGCCACGCCCUUUUACUGUACAACCAUGACAACCAGACCGGGGAGGAGGCCGAGUUUCUCGCCCUGGAAGUGUUCGAGGGCCGUAUGCGCUUCUCUUUCAACUUGGGAAGUGGCACCUUCAAACUGAUGACCAUGAAGAAGGUUUCUGAUGGCCAGUUCCACACAGUCAUUGCCAGAAGAGCUGGAAUGUCUGCUUCCCUAACCGUGGACCAGUGCACCGAGGACCAGGAACCGGGAUUCUGCACGGUCAGCAGCAUGGCGUUACACAGAGACUGGGUGCUGGACGUGCGUCCCAACAGGCUCUCGGUGGGGGGCAUGCGAUCCACGGAGCCCCUCCUGCGCCGGCCGGGGCAGGUCGCCGCUCACGACUUCGUGGGCUGCGUCAUGGAGCUGGCCGUCAACGGGAACCCGCUGGAGCCGGGCCAGGCCCUGGAGACCCAUGGAAUCACGGACAGAUGCGCCAGGAUGGAAGGAGCGUGUGCAAAUCAGCCGUGUCACCACAGCGGCACAUGUGUCGACCGCUGGUCUUGGCAGCAGUGCCAUUGUGGGGAGGGAUUCACCGGGAAGUACUGUGAGAGAUUCAUGAGUGCAGACACAGCUCUGUCCCUGAACGGCUACGGCCGAUUGGACUACUCUCUGAAACCCGGAAGGAGGCGUGACAUCCUAUUGGCAGAGACCCUGCGGAGCCUGGUGAAGGACCCCGCCCCCGGCCCAGCCAACCCAAGCAGUCUGGAAAUCCGAUUUCGCUCACGGAGCAUGACGGGGACUUUACUCCAUGUGCAAGAGAGUAGCAACUACACUACGGUGAAGCUGAAGAACGGACAUCUGCUGUACAUCUCGGACGCCGGCGUCGGGGGCAAGGUGGAGAGGACGUUAACGGAAAAGGCGGUCUCAGACGGCCAGUGGCACACUCUUCUGCUUCUGAAGCACCAGUUGGCCACUUCACUCAGAGUUGACAACAGCCCGCCCAAGGAGAUCCUGCAUCUCACCCAGGACUUUGGGGGGGUUAAUGUCCUAACCCUCUCCCUCGGGGGGGUCCCCUCAGAGUCCAUUCAGAAGGACGGCUCAGGCUUUGAUGGCUGCAUAGCGUACGUGAAAUAUAAUGGGCAGAUCCUGCCCUACAGCGGAGACCAUGAUGUAGUCACCAUCUCCAGAACGCACCCGUCAGUGCAGGCGGGCUGCCGUGGGCCCGACGUGUGCGCCAGCAACCCCUGCCAGGCCAGCCUGCUCUGCGUUAACCACUGGUACAGCCACCGCUGCACCCCCCCAGGUGACUGUGCCUUGAGCCCCUGUCAGAAUGGGGGCAGCUGUGAGCCUCAGGACCCUUAUGGAUUCACCUGCACCUGUACAGAAUUCUUCACGGGACGGACCUGCCAAAUUCCACUGGCUUGCCUGGGCAUUGAAUGCCCCCAGGGCACCCACUGUGAAAUGGCCCCGGGCGGGGGGUUCGUCUGCAGCCCGUCUCCCGCAGAGGGAGGACUCCUGCCCGCUUGGGCCAUCCCAGCCAUUACGGGGGGCUGUGCAUCCGCCCUGGCGCUCCUGGUACUGGGCCUCAUUCUAUGCAACUGUUUGCGGAGCCGCCGGACCAGUGAACCCAAGGGAACAAAGGCACCCGAGGAAGAAGAGGAAAAGAAGAAGAAGGGCAGUGAGAAUGUGGGAUACAAUGAUCCAGACAGCACACAGUCAUAUGGGGACGACAUGGCGGUGCGUAAGCAGCCCGAGGGCAACCCCAAGCCCGACAUCAUCGAGAGGGAUAACCCCUAUCUGAUCUACGAUGAGGCCAACCUCUCGCAUGGAAGUGGACCGGUACCAGGGGCCAGGCCUGAGGCGGAAAUGGAGCACUACGACAUCGACAAUGCCAGCAGCAUCGCCGCCUCAGAUGCCGACAUCAUCCAGCACUACAAGCAGUUUCGUAGCCAUGCUCCUAAGUUCUCGAUCCAAAGGCAUAGCCCUCUGGGUCUGGCCCGGCAGUCGCCCAUGCCAUUGGGAGCGGGGAGCUAUGGGUACCAGACCUCGUACGGGCAGACCCUGAGGUCCACGCCCCUCAGCCAUGCCACCAGUCCUACCACUGCCCCCCUCUCUCGACAUAGCCCGGCUGCCUUUACUAAACCAUCAACGCUGUACCGGCACAGCCCUGCCCGGGAGUUCACCUUGGCCCGCAGAGAGAGCAGCCCCCUGGACCCCCACAGUGAGGCCUUCCAGUAUGCAGCACGACUGGGCCGGCGAAGCAAGAGUCCCCAGACCAUGGCGGCCCAGGGCUCAAGACCCAGCAGCCGCAUGAGGCAGCCCAUCGAGCAGCUCCCCUUAGAGACAGGGCCCCCCGUGGGGCUCACCAUCGACGAAGUGGAGAGGCUUAACACGCCCCGGCCUCGCAACCCCAGCAUCUGCAGCGCUGACCACGGGCGCUCCUCCUCCGAGGACGACUGCCGGAAGCCGCUGGCCCGUGGGCGGAACCCCGCCGACGGCAUCCCUGCCCAUGAGUCUUCCUCUGAGAGUGAGUCACAUGACUCCUUCACCUGCUCCGAGAUGGAAUACGAGCGUGAGAAGCCCAGCUAUGGGUCCCGGGUGCCCAAGCUCUCCCAGGUCAACGAGUCUGACGGUGACGACGAAGACUACGGCGGCCGGCUCAGACAGCGGCGCUACUCGAACCGCCGACCUGAAGGUGUGGGAGGUGGUCCCCAGGUACCAGUAACCGAGCACCACACCCUACCCUACAAAACGGGCCAACAAGCUGGGGCUUUCAACUGGGACAGUCUGCUGAAUUGGGGACCAGGUUUCAGCCAUUAUGCAGAUGUAUUCAAAGACCUGGCUCUGCUUCCUGAAAACACAGCUGGGAAAGACAUUGAGAUGCAGACCACUGAUGGGGCCACGUUCAUCCAGAGCAAUGCAGAGGUGGAGCGAUAUUUGUAAAAUUUUAUUUAUAUUAGCCUCUCGUUUCACGGGCCGUUGCUGAAACGAGGAGGACUGACGCGGUGCAACUCGUGAAAGAGGACUUGUUUACAUUCCCUCCUGAUCUCGGAAACAUGGUUACGUUCUUUCCGUUUGCCAAACCCGCACCUGAAUCCGCGUCUCCUAAAGAAUCUCGCCAGGCGGUUUUGAUAGGUGACCAAUGGCAUCUGUUUAAAAAAUCUGUCUGUCCCGUAAUGUCCGAUCCCUGUUAAAAACGCCUUGGCAUGUUAUGUAUACAUGUCACGUGCUUUUUAAAAUGUCUGUUUAAACUUUUUAGCUUCUUUUUUUAAUGAAACUGAUACGAUACAUUCAAUAGUGAAAACAAGCACAUGGGUUUCAUCUGUCACACCUGAAAUGCUGUACACAUCCUGGGGCGUGGAAGGAGAAUGUUCCUUAGCUCACCGUUAAAUCCGUCACGCGGACGCUAACGCCACUUAUUACACAUCCCGGGGCGUGGAAGGAGAAUGUUCCUAAGCUCACCGUUAAAUCCGUCACGCGGACGCUAAGGCCACUUACAAUCCUUAUCCAAAAGGGCUAGAGGGCCUGGGAUGGAGGAUGACCUCUCGUCUCCUGCAUCUUUGACGAUUCGUUCUGAAGGUGUAAUAAUGCUGGUGGAAGGAACCCGGGGGGGACGUGGUGAGAACCACCCCCCCAUGCCACGAGGUCACCCCGUGUCAGAAACAUGAGGGGGGUGGGCCGCGAAACGACCCCAGACCACCCAGCAAGCUCUCCUGCACGCUCCCUCAAGAGAGCAACUAUCGUCAACCUUGUGUUUUCACAGAAGUGAUCACUUUCACUCUUGUGUUCAGCGACAGCUAACUGUCCCGUCUCUGUAUCGAUGCUUGCAAGUGAUGAAAAAUUGUUUUCUUACUUUCAGGGAAAGUAAGACAAUGUAUGUGUUUUUACAAAGACGAGUUACUUAUGUAACAGCCAUUAUUCCACUUUACAAAGCCUAAUGUGUGCUUUGUGUGUGUAAAAGCCAAUAACAAUAAAAAACAGUUAAAAAUGA